AUGUCUAUCAGCCUCUCAUCUCUUACGCCUCGCGAAGCUAUCUCCGACACUCUAUACCGAUGUCUUCUCGGCCUCGACACCAAUGAUUUGCCCAUGUUUAAAUCUGCCUGGCUUGCCGAGGACCCUGAUGUUUCCAUAGCGGUUGGCGAUACAGUUACGCUCGGAUUCGACAACAUCACCGAAGCCGUGUUCAAAAGAAUUGGUGCCUUAGACACCACACAUUUCACUACCAAUAUUCGAAUUGAUCUGAAGGAUGGUUCAGACAAGGCUAGCCUUACCUCAUACACACUAGCGCAGCAUUAUCGGCCUGGCGAAGGGCACAACCCCGAAGGACAGCAGCUGUUGACGGGCGGUCUCUAUUAUGUUGAUCUGGAAAAAGACAAGGGAGAUGGGUUGUGGAAGGUUAAAAAGUGGACAAUCAAAUUUAUUUGGUCUGAAGGAGACAUGUCUAUUGUGGGAAGAUGA